CUGGGCCGGCGAAGUAGGCAGGGGAGAUCACGGCGCCUGCGCACAGAGGCUACAGGUCUGGCCCUAGCGAGAGCGCGCCGGUCGCAAGAUGGCUGCGGCCAUGCGAGGCCUUGCUGUGUGUGCGCAGCGGGCGGCGGAGCGGCCCGGACGGCAGGGGCAGCGACGACACUAGUUCAGCCUUCAGCCACUCUUCUAGAAGGCCACCCCAGCCUCUGCCUGCUUUCGUCCGAGAUGGAUCUGGCCGUGGGCCCCGGUGCAGCGGGGCCCAGCAACGUCCCGGCCUUCCUAACCAAGCUGUGGACCCUCGUGAGCGACCCGGACACAGAUGCGCUCAUCUGCUGGAGCCCGAGUGGGAACAGCUUCCACGUGUUUGACCAGGGCCAGUUUGCCAAGGAGGUGCUGCCCAAGUACUUCAAGCACAACAACAUGGCUAGCUUCGUGCGGCAGCUCAACAUGUAUGGCUUCCGAAAAGUAGUCCACAUUGAGCAGGGUGGCCUGGUCAAGCCUGAGAGAGAUGACACAGAGUUCCAGCAUCCUUGUUUCUUGCGUGGACAGGAACAGCUCCUUGAGAACAUCAAGAGGAAAGUGACCAGCGUGUCCACCCUGAAGAGUGAGGACAUAAAAAUACGCCAGGACAGUGUCACCCGGCUGUUGACAGAUGUGCAGCUGAUGAAGGGGAAACAGGAGUGUAUGGACUCCAAGCUCCUGGCCAUGAAGCACGAGAACGAGGCCCUGUGGCGGGAGGUGGCCAGCCUUCGGCAGAAGCAUGCCCAGCAGCAAAAAGUUGUCAACAAGCUCAUUCAGUUCCUGAUCUCACUGGUGCAGUCGAACCGGAUCCUGGGGGUGAAGAGAAAGAUCCCUCUGAUGUUGAGUGACAGCAGCUCAGCACACUCUGUGCCCAAGUAUGGUCGACAGUACUCCCUGGAGCAUGUCCAUGGUCCUGGCCCAUACUCAGCUCCAUCUCCAGCCUACAGCAGCUCUAGCCUUUACUCCUCUGAUGCUGUCACCAGCUCUGGACCCAUAAUCUCCGAUAUCACUGAGCUGGCUCCCACCAGCCCUUUGGCCUCCCCAGGCAGGAGCAUAGAUGAGAGGCCUCUGUCCAGCAGCACUCUGGUCCGUGUCAAGCAAGAGCCCCCCAGCCCACCUCACAGCCCUCGGGUACUGGAGGCGAGCCCUGGGCGCCCAUCCUCCAUGGAUACCCCUUUGUCCCCAACUGCCUUCAUUGACUCCAUCCUUCGAGAGAGCGAGCCUACCCCUGCUGCCUCAAACACAGCCCCUAUGGACACAACCGGAGCCCAAGCCCCCGCACUCCCGAACCCCUCCACCCCUGAGAAGUGCCUCAGCGUAGCCUGCCUAGACAAUUUGGCUCGCGCUCCACAGAUGUCUGGGGUCGCCCGCCUCUUCCCCUGCCCCUCUUCCUUUCUGCAUGGCCGAGUCCAGCCAGGGAACGAGCUAAGUGAUCACCUGGAUGCCAUGGACUCCAACCUGGACAACCUGCAGACCAUGCUGACAAGCCACGGCUUCAGUGUGGACACCAGCGCCCUGCUGGACCUGUUCAGCCCCUCGGUGACCAUGCCCGACAUGAGCCUGCCUGACCUGGACAGCAGCCUGGCCAGCAUUCAGGAGCUUCUGUCUCCACAAGAGCCUCCCAGGCCUAUUGAGGCAGAGAACAGUAACCCCGACUCAGGAAAGCAGCUGGUGCACUACACGGCUCAGCCUCUGUUCCUGCUGGAUCCUGAUGCUGUGGACACAGGCAGCAGUGAUCUGCCUGUGCUCUUUGAGCUGGGGGAGAGCUCCUACUUCUCUGAGGGGGAUGACUACACGGAUGAUCCCACCAUCUCUCUUCUGACGGGCACUGAACCCCAUAAAGCCAAGGACCCCACUGUCUCCUAGAGCUCUCAGGAGUUGUCAGGCUGACUUGUGCCUGGCCCCCAACCUAUCCCUAGGACAUGGCUGGUCCUAGGGAGACAAGACAGUUGGGUAGUCCAGGGGACCCUAGGUCAAGCCACCACAACCCCAGUGGAGCACAGAUGGAACUUGGUCCUGGGCAGUACCUUGGAUCAGGAGGAAGAUCCUGAGGGCUGCAUACCUGCUGCCUUUACCCCAGCCCCAGGUCUACUCUGGUCACAGCUUCACAGCCACACUUGGACUGACCCUGCAGGUUGUUCAUAAAAUUGUAUUUUGGAUUUUUACAUGA